AUGGCCGAAGAAGACGAGUUGACGCCCUUCCAGCGGUGGUCGAGGUACCAGCAGUUCGUCACGCAGCGGGAGACAGGCAUCUGGCUCCUCAACAGGGGCCAGCCCCGUAAAGGGUUCCCGUUCCUGGAGAACGCCCUCCAGACCUUUCCCAAGGACAUACGAUCCCUCACAGGCAGGGCGCAGUGCAAGCUGGACGAGUUCGAGUACGAGGAGGCCAUCCGGCACGCGGCGGCCGUCUCCGCGGUGGACCCCGGCUCCCUGGAGGCCAAGUUCCUGGCCGCGAGGGCGCUGUACGAGCUGGGCGACUUCGAGGAGUCUCUGGUCGUGUUCCACCGCGGCCGCAGGCAGCUGAGGACCCCGGGCAAGUUCGAGUCGGGGCGCCAGACGGCGGAGGAGACCAUCGAGAACUGCGUGGGGCGCAACGCCGGGCCGAUCCUGGUGAAGCUGUGCCCCGAGGUGCACUUGGAGGCGGCGGAGGCGGCGGCGGAGGCGGCGGCUGAGGCGGCGGCCGAGGAGGCGGUGGCUGAGGAGGCGGCGGCCGAGGAGGCGGCGGCUGGUGGCGGCGACGCGGCGCAGACGUCGAGCUCCGAGGCGGCGCAGCGGCGCACGUCCAAGCUGUACCUGGGCUCGCUGCACGCCGACAAGGAGACCUUGGCCCGGCUGCGGACGGCGCACGAGCUGCGCACUUCGCCCCACGCCGAGCAGGCGCGCGCGCUGGCGGCCGAGGGACACGCCCUCCUGGCGCGGACCGAGGAAAUGAUGGAGACAAUAAGGCCACUUUACACCAUCACCCGCUGGCACGAACGACCUUGCAGGACCGUCACUCGGAAUCUGGUUGCAAAGAAAAUCGAAGAAGCUCAGAAAUAUGCAGUAGAGGUCGUUGAUAAAGUGACAAGUGUUCAAGACACAAAAGACAUCAAGCAGCAUCGAAGGUGA